AUGGAAAUCCCGAAGUUGCUCGAAGCUCGCGGGAUACUAAAGUGCGGCGUUGGCGGCGGUGGCCCUGCGGGCAUCCAGGUGCACAGAGAGCCUGAUCCGCCGGCUGGCCAGGGGCCCGCGCGCCGCCUCCUACAAUUCCGGGGCCGCCAAGAUGGCGGCCCCGGGCAGCGGCGCAAACAAGCCCGCGCGACCUUACGGGGCCCAGACCCGAGUCCGCUGGCACCCAGGCCCGAUCACGCUGGCGGCAGCAGUGACGUUUCUCUGGUGGUGCUGGACCCGGUGGAUGGAGACGUGGAGGCCGCGCGCACCGGCCAGGCCGCGGGAACCGUGUGGAGGGAGGAGGCCGCGCCAGGCCCGAAACUUCAGGGUCCCUUGCGUGUCCUGAACCCCGUGGGCCGCCCUGAGCUGGGCUCCUACUGCGCGUCAGCAGUCCCCGUCCUGUCCCGAACCGCGAUCCCCACUGCAAGGCCGGAACCAGCCACGGCCUUCUCUGGCACAAUUACCAUCCAUAACCAAGACCUGCUGCUGCGCUUUGAAAAUGGGGUUUUCACCCUGACCACGCCCCGGCCGCCCACCUGGGAGCCCAGGGUUGCUUCAGCCCGGCAGGCUGGGGAUUUUCUCCUCCCACAACUGGGAGACCCGCACGCCACGCAGCACGGAGACUGCCCAGAGCUGCCGCCAGACUUCUUGCUUGCUGAGCCACCAGAGCCGGCGUCUGCUCCUGCUCCGGUGCGUGAUGAGAAGGUAGAGGGCCUGGUUGCCACUGGGAGCCCCCAAGGACCACAGCACCUGAGCAGGAGCUCAAGUAUGGUUCUGUAUGUAUGUCCCGAGAUGCAGUGCGGGCAGACCUUCGCCAAGAAGCACCAACUGAAGGUGCACUUGCUGACACACAGCAGCAGCCAGGGUCAGAGACCCUUCAGGUGCCCUCUGGGUGGCUGCGGCUGGACUUUCACCACUUCAUACAAGCUCAAGCGGCACCUACAGUCACACGACAAACUUCGGCCCUUUGGCUGCCCUGCGGAGGGCUGUGGCAAGAGCUUCACCACAGUGUACAAUCUCAAGGCGCAUAUGAAAGGCCAUGAGCAGGAGAACUCAUUCAAAUGUGAGGUAUGCGAGGAGAGCUUCCCCACGCAGACCAAGCUCAGCGUUCACCAGCGCAGCCACUUUGAGCCUGAGAGGCCCUACCAGUGUGCAUUUUCCGGUUGCAAGAAGACUUUUAUCACAGUGAGUGCCCUGUUUUCCCAUAACCGCGCCCAUUUCAGGGAACAGGAACUCUUUUCCUGCUCCUUUCCUGGCUGCAACAAACAGUAUGACAAGGCCUGCAGGCUGAAAAUUCACCUGCGAAGCCACACUGGUGAGAGACCUUUCCUUUGUGACUUUGAUGGCUGUGGCUGGAACUUCACCAGCAUGUCCAAACUCUUGAGGCACAAAAGGAAACACGAAGAUGACCGGAGGUUCACGUGCCCUGUGGAAGGCUGUGGGAAAUCUUUCACCAGGGCUGAGCACCUGAAAGGUCACAGCAUUACCCACUUAGGCACAAAGCCUUUUGUGUGCCCCGUGGAAGGUUGCUGUGCCAGGUUCUCUGCUCGCAGUAGUCUCUAUAUUCACUCCAAGAAACACCUGCAGGAUGUAGACUCUUGGAAAAGCCGUUGCCCAGUCUCCACUUGUAAUAAACUCUUCACAUCCAAACACAGUAUGAAGACCCACAUGGCCAAAAGGCACACCCUAGGCCAGGAUCUCAUAGCUCAGCUAGAAGCUGGGAAUUCUCUUACACCCAGCAGUGAGCUUACCAGCCAGGGACAGAACGAGCUCAGUGAUGCUGACAUAGUAUCUCUCUUCUCUGAUGUGCCUGGCAGUAGUUCUGCAGCAAUGCUGGACUCAGCCUUGGUGAGCUCUGGAAUCUUGACUAUUGAUGUGGCUUCUAUGAGUUCAACUCUGACAGAGAAUCUCCCUCGUAAUCACAGUAAUACCUUAGCACAGGCUCUGGACCCUCGGACUUUGAUAGGCACCAGUGACCUCCCUCAAAAUCCGGAUACCUCUCUCUUUUUCGGAGCAGUGGCUGGAGGUUUUCUGCAGAGCACCUUAGAUAUGGAUGAAGUUCCAGGUAAAAGUGCAGGGCCGCUGGGAGCUCUGGGCUCUUUGGCUCUAAAGAAUUCUAGUCAAGAGAUCCAAACUCUGACCCCUAGCAGUAAGUUAACAGUGGACACAGAUAUUCUCACUCAUUCAACCACUCUUUGUGACAACAGUGUCUCAGAACUGCUGAUGCCAACCAAAGCAGAAUGGAACAUACAUCCUGCCACAGACUUCUUUGAACAGGAGGAAGAACCCCCUUUUGGAUUCUCUAGUCCAGAAGGAAACCAUGAUUCUCAGAAAGAAACAGAUCUCAUCACAGUGACUGGCAGCUCAUUUUUGCGGAGCGUCUUGGCCGCGGAGAUGGAAAUCCCGAAGUUGCUCGAAGCUCGCGGGAUACUAAAGUGCGGCGUUGGCGGCGGUGGCCCUGCGGGCAUCCAGGUGCACAGAGAGCCUGAUCCGCCGGCUGGCCAGGGGCCCGCGCGCCGCCUCCUACAAUUCCGGGGCCGCCAAGAUGGCGGCCCCGGGCAGCGGCGCAAACAAGCCCGCGCGACCUUACGGGGCCCAGACCCGAGUCCGCUGGCACCCAGGCCCGAUCACGCUGGCGGCAGCAGUGACGUUUCUCUGGUGGUGCUGGACCCGGUGGAUGGAGACGUGGAGGCCGCGCGCACCGGCCAGGCCGCGGGAACCGUGUGGAGGGAGGAGGCCGCGCCAGGCCCGAAACUUCAGGGUCCCUUGCGUGUCCUGAACCCCGUGGGCCGCCCUGAGCUGGGCUCCUACUGCGCGUCAGCAGUCCCCGUCCUGUCCCGAACCGCGAUCCCCACUGCAAGGCCGGAACCAGCCACGGCCUUCUCUGGCACAAUUACCAUCCAUAACCAAGACCUGCUGCUGCGCUUUGAAAAUGGGGUUUUCACCCUGACCACGCCCCGGCCGCCCACCUGGGAGCCCAGGGUUGCUUCAGCCCGGCAGGCUGGGGAUUUUCUCCUCCCACAACUGGGAGACCCGCACGCCACGCAGCACGGAGACUGCCCAGAGCUGCCGCCAGACUUCUUGCUUGCUGAGCCACCAGAGCCGGCGUCUGCUCCUGCUCCGGUGCGUGAUGAGAAGGUAGAGGGCCUGGUUGCCACUGGGAGCCCCCAAGGACCACAGCACCUGAGCAGGAGCUCAAGUAUGGUUCUGUAUGUAUGUCCCGAGAUGCAGUGCGGGCAGACCUUCGCCAAGAAGCACCAACUGAAGGUGCACUUGCUGACACACAGCAGCAGCCAGGGUCAGAGACCCUUCAGGUGCCCUCUGGGUGGCUGCGGCUGGACUUUCACCACUUCAUACAAGCUCAAGCGGCACCUACAGUCACACGACAAACUUCGGCCCUUUGGCUGCCCUGCGGAGGGCUGUGGCAAGAGCUUCACCACAGUGUACAAUCUCAAGGCGCAUAUGAAAGGCCAUGAGCAGGAGAACUCAUUCAAAUGUGAGGUAUGCGAGGAGAGCUUCCCCACGCAGACCAAGCUCAGCGUUCACCAGCGCAGCCACUUUGAGCCUGAGAGGCCCUACCAGUGUGCAUUUUCCGGUUGCAAGAAGACUUUUAUCACAGUGAGUGCCCUGUUUUCCCAUAACCGCGCCCAUUUCAGGGAACAGGAACUCUUUUCCUGCUCCUUUCCUGGCUGCAACAAACAGUAUGACAAGGCCUGCAGGCUGAAAAUUCACCUGCGAAGCCACACUGGUGAGAGACCUUUCCUUUGUGACUUUGAUGGCUGUGGCUGGAACUUCACCAGCAUGUCCAAACUCUUGAGGCACAAAAGGAAACACGAAGAUGACCGGAGGUUCACGUGCCCUGUGGAAGGCUGUGGGAAAUCUUUCACCAGGGCUGAGCACCUGAAAGGUCACAGCAUUACCCACUUAGGCACAAAGCCUUUUGUGUGCCCCGUGGAAGGUUGCUGUGCCAGGUUCUCUGCUCGCAGUAGUCUCUAUAUUCACUCCAAGAAACACCUGCAGGAUGUAGACUCUUGGAAAAGCCGUUGCCCAGUCUCCACUUGUAAUAAACUCUUCACAUCCAAACACAGUAUGAAGACCCACAUGGCCAAAAGGCACACCCUAGGCCAGGAUCUCAUAGCUCAGCUAGAAGCUGGGAAUUCUCUUACACCCAGCAGUGAGCUUACCAGCCAGGGACAGAACGAGCUCAGUGAUGCUGACAUAGUAUCUCUCUUCUCUGAUGUGCCUGGCAGUAGUUCUGCAGCAAUGCUGGACUCAGCCUUGGUGAGCUCUGGAAUCUUGACUAUUGAUGUGGCUUCUAUGAGUUCAACUCUGACAGAGAAUCUCCCUCGUAAUCACAGUAAUACCUUAGCACAGGCUCUGGACCCUCGGACUUUGAUAGGCACCAGUGACCUCCCUCAAAAUCCGGAUACCUCUCUCUUUUUCGGAGCAGUGGCUGGAGGUUUUCUGCAGAGCACCUUAGAUAUGGAUGAAGUUCCAGGUAAAAGUGCAGGGCCGCUGGGAGCUCUGGGCUCUUUGGCUCUAAAGAAUUCUAGUCAAGAGAUCCAAACUCUGACCCCUAGCAGUAAGUUAACAGUGGACACAGAUAUUCUCACUCAUUCAACCACUCUUUGUGACAACAGUGUCUCAGAACUGCUGAUGCCAACCAAAGCAGAAUGGAACAUACAUCCUGCCACAGACUUCUUUGAACAGGAGGAAGAACCCCCUUUUGGAUUCUCUAGUCCAGAAGGAAACCAUGAUUCUCAGAAAGAAACAGAUCUCAUCACAGUGACUGGCAGCUCAUUUUUGGCAUGA